CUCUCUCUCUCUCUCUCUCGGCCGUCUUUGUUGCUUAUAACUCUACGCCUCUGCUUCACAAACUUCAUUGCGAGUGCCCUUCUUACAGCUAUGUAUUAGGCUAGAGCUUAUUCUGCUUUUGUACCGCCAUUAAUUAUUUCCCGAAUCUCUUGUUUGGUAGUGAGAUCCCCUGAUAAAUAUGCCUUGUUGGCUCAUCAUUACUGGUUAUAGCAUGAAAAUUUUCAUGAAGAGUUAGAUUAGACAUUCAUCGACAGCCUAAAUUAAGCAUUACAAUAUCUGUCUAUUUGGUGCUAUACAACGAUGGAUUUGCAAUAUGGGAGGUUUGAACAGAUACUUACUCAGUUUCUUCUUAAGAGUAUACACAUUAUAUUGGAUUCGAGGGUUCCUUCAACCCGACCUUACAGCCGUUGCAGAGAAGUUAAAAAGAGUGACAAAUGGUUCAAUUUAGCAUUAGGGGACCGCCCUUCUGCGUUAGAGAAUCUGAAUUUUUGGCAUAGAAACUUAACGGAGCCGAUCAUUAUUGAUAUAAUUCUUGUUCAAGAACCACCGAACUCUUCAUGUGGCUAUAGUUUACUACCUACUACUUCGGGAUUGGGAACAUUUACCGAGACAGUUAUAGAGAGAUGGGUUGUUCAGUGUGAGUACCUGAGGACAAUGACUCCUCAAUCUAGUGAUGUUUCAUACAAGAAAACAUACAAGAAAUCAAUCAUACUUUUACGCUCGCUUUUUUCCAUGAUGAGGCUUCUUCCAGCUUACAAGGCCUUUCGGAAGCUAUCAUCAACGAAUCAGACAUGUGAUUUUGAUAUCAAUUACAAGGUCUCCACUUUCAGUGUUCCUUUCUCUAGGACAGAGGAGGAGUUAAUGAAGCAUUAUAGCUUCAUUCCAGUUGAUGCCCAACAGGGUCGCUUUGCCAUAUCUGUUACAUAUCGGGACAAUCUAUCUCAUUUCAACCUAGAGGCUUCUACAUCUUUUCCGCCAGAGAUCAUUACAGACUAUGUUGGUAGUCCACUCACUGAUCCUCUGAGGACUUUUCCAUCUUCUUUGGAGAGACGUUUCCAUGCUACGCCAUUAUUAUCAAGAGGGAUGCACUCACCUUCUUCAGUGCCCUUUCAGCGUCCACACAGCUGGACAAGUGGUCUCCACAGGGGGGUUUCUUCUCCUCAAAGCCAACCUUUGGCUGGAUCUCCAGCUCUAUAUCGUGCUUCAUAUGAGGUCUCAUCUGUAAUUUCUGAUACGUAUGGCCGUAAGGUACAAGAUUGCAAGUCUCCAGCUCACUAUGAAGCAGCAAGCUCCAACGACUCCUACCAGCUUUCUCCUCCAUUUUCCCCAUCUCCUUCCCCAUCUCCUCCAGCAUAUCUUACCAGUGGGAAUCCUGUGCAGACUCGGUUGCGAUCAGAAAGUGCACCUGUCAGUAUUCCACAUCCUAUUGUUGGCAGGAGUUCACGAUACAUUUCUCCUAAUUCGUCUGAUCCAAACAGAAAUUCGCUUCCACCUUUAUCCCCAAGAUUCACAAAGCAUGAUUCAUCAUCUCAGGAGUCCCCCUCUGGAACCAGAUCAUUGAGGAAACCAGAUUCACUCAGAUCUGCAGAAUCGAGCUGUGGAAUGACGUAUUUGGGUCAGAAAGUUUCAAGAGAUGCCAAAGAUGAUUCUGGGCGGUUCUCAGGUUUACUUUCCUCCAGUGAUUCACCUCGUGUCGGUUUCUCAAGAAGCUCCAGUAGAUUAUCUUUUCAGGAUGACCUGGACGAGUGUGAUUUUUCUUGUCCGUUUAUAGUUGAUGACGUCGAUACUUCUGAAUCCCAGGCCAAUCAGAAUCUUGAUUUGAGGAAAGGUUCAGAAGCUUCUUCACAGGCAAAUUCAUCUGUGAGGAAAUCCCAAGAUGCUGCUGUUGGUGCCCUAGUUCACAUGCUACGGACAGCUCCUCCCUUGCGUCUGGACUGUAGCAGUUAUGCUUCUGGUUUUGAGAAAUCUGAACUUGAGAGUAUUGCGGGUGCUGGUUCUGGAUUCGUCCUGCCUCGAAAGACAUCAGAUGCAUUAGAGGAGCUCAAGGCUUACAGUGAAAUGAAGGAGUUGCUACUUUGCAAGAGCGGAAGCAUUACCAGCAGGGCAGGGAGCAAGGACGAAACAUCUUCCAGCUGAUUUUGUCACGUAAUUGAAGGAAGGUCCCUAAGAAAGAUGCUGACUGCCACUAAUUCUGCAGUUUAAUCUCCACAUAGACAAAGUAAAGCUUUGAUAGGAUGAUGAUGCCAUGGCUGUACACUCCAGGAUUUUGAUUAGUGGGGAGUGUUGAGUUUUCUGACUGGGGAAAUACUUAAAAUUAUUAAUUAUGCCGUUGUUUCAACAUAGGACAUUACAAAGGUGUAAAUAGGAUGAGCAAAAUGACCCACAGUUGUUGUAACAAAAAACUAAUGAAAUUCGGGAAAAAGCAUCAAAUCAUAAACUUUUAUACU